AUGCGAUUCCUCAGAUGGUUAGGCAUCAUUCUCAGUGCUCGUGGCGUUCGGGGAGAGACCCUUGCCAACGAUGAGCUCUGUGUGACUGCAAUCUUUUCCGCAUACAAUUACAUAUCCUUCCAGGGAGACCCCGCAAAGGGAAUGUGGGAUACACGUUGUCGGAAUCCACUCAAAGUCGCUUCUAUAUAUGCAUCUUCGGAGAGAUACUGCCGUGAUGGGGAGCGUCUUGCUGGGCUGGCACAGCUAUCGAAACUCUGCCAGGAGGUCGGUCACCGCGAGCUACUGUCGAGAGAUGCUGUUGCCGAGAAUUUAACUAGAGAGGCCGUUCGCGACAUGAGAGUUGUGGAUUACUUGGAGCUUUCAAGGGCAGAUUAUCAACAAUCACCAGUUCUUCUCUCUGCAUCCUACUAUGGUCGCAUGUUCAAUACCCUCGACUCUUGGCAGUUCGAAACAUGGUCUCAUCAUGCAUUUAGCUAUAUUGGUUACGCCUAUUGGGCAGGAAUAUUGUCACUGGGAAUUCUGUAUCGCCUAUGGAAUUGGAUGUUCUUAACCCGACAGCAUCAAAUUGAGUAUAGCCCAGCGUCCAGCAUAUACCCUCCGACUGGCUCCUGGCGUCAAUUAUCGUUGGUGGAAAAUGCCGUUCACUGGGUUUCAACACACCUGAUUAUCCCGGCUCCACUCGCUGGUCGAGGACGCCGUUUACUCAGCUGUACAUUUACCACGCGAGCAGAGGCCAUUGUCGUAGCAGGCUUUUGGCUACUGAGCCUUAUACUAAGUGUAGUUGGCUAUCGAACUUUUCCUGGGAAUAUUUACUGGCCCGAUGUCACAAGUCAAAUUUUACGCUACUCAGCAGAUCGAACCGGAAUCAUGUCUUUCGCCAACUUCCCUUUAUUGCUUCUAUUAGCUGGGCGCAAUAAUAUCUUGAUCUGGGCUACAGGGUGGAGUUUUGCGACAUUGAACGUUUUUCAUCGCCAUGUGGCACGGAUAGCCACGGUACAGGCAGUGGCACAUUCGGUCCUCUACUUUGUGAUAUGUGUACGAAUCAACAAAGUAUGGAAAGAGAUGACCAAGGUUUAUGUCCUGUGGGGAGUCUUGGCCUUCGUACUCAUGAUCCUGGUAUUGAUCACCUCUUUGGAUCGGAUACGUGCUGCAUCCUACGAGAUGUUCAUGGUCGCACACAUUGUGUUCUCCGUAGCCACCCUUGUCGGUUGUUUCUAUCACACCAUUGUAUUCGAGGGCCACGAGUAUUGGCAGUAUCUGUGGCCAUCCGUGAUAGUGUGGGCAAUCGAUCGGUUUCUAAGGCUCGUUCGGAUAGUCUAUUGCAACGUCCAUGUUAGACUGUCCAAGGGCAAAUUGAUAAAUGUCACAGAGAGUCGCAUGACAUACGAUGAAGCAGCAGAUGUCAUUCGGUUGGAGGUGAAUCCAGGUCUUCCAGGUUUAGAAGUCCGACCAGGGGACUACUACUUCCUGUACCAGCCAUUCCGCUUUACUGGCUGGGAAAACCAUCCGUUCACUGUUGGGGCUUCGAGCUAUGAGGUGGAUCAAUCGGGAGCGCAGCUGGACAUUUCUGGCAAGCCUCGCAACUCUUUCGAUAAUUCUCAGCUGCCGCUUCUUUCAGAGACCUUGACUGGUUGCGAAAACUUGGAAACAGGGAACGGGCUAUACCAAGGAUCAUUGAUUCCAAAAUUGACCUUCUGGAUUCGUCCGUAUGAUGGUUGGACGCAGCAGCUUCGCCAGCAAUGCCUGCGUGCGCCAAAUCAGCCCGUCCACGCCACCAUUCUCCUAGACGGCCCAUACGGACAGGGGUUCCCACUGUGGAGAUAUGAAUCGGUGCUGAUGAUUGUGGGAGGCACUGGGAUUGCAGCUGCGGUGCCAUAUCUUCAAGAUCAUCUCCGGCGGUGUGCCAAUGGCUGCUCUAGCCCAUCAAAGGAAAAGCCACGAACCAGAGAGAUCGAGUUAGUAUGGACUACACGACAGUCAGCCUUCAUUCGUGAUCUUACCGAUCGUGAACUCAAACCGAUGCUUGACCAGGAAGACUUCCGUGCUUCUUUCUAUGUUACGGGGUCCUCGGAUAGAUUUCGCGAAGACUGGAAUGGUCCUGGGUAUACUGUCCAAAUGGGUCGGCCGAAUCUUCAAUCGCUCAUUCUGAGCCGUGCAGCUGAUGCCUAUGUGGCUGGAAUGAAGCUGGCCAUUGUGGUUUGUGGUCCAACUGGGAUGGCCGACGAGGCGCGUGCGGCCACUCAUCUGGCAAUGCGACGAGGCUACCGGUCAACCCAGUAUGUGGAGGAAUCCUUCACUUGGUGA